ACGCCACAUCUGUAACAGGUUGCUCACCUGUCUGUCGGCGCGUCUGCUCCUCGUGCACGCGCACCCAUUCCAACACAGCUUGAGCCGGCGAGCGCGCGUGCACCGACCGAACCUCCUCACGAGACCGGGAAUUAAGUCCACCUUGUACCCGGCAGUCACACGUCUCCCUCCGGGGUCGCGUCCAAGAAGGCACCGGGAGUCCCGUCGUUAACGCCACGUCGACCCAAACUUCCCCCCGUCGAGCGAGCACAAUUUCCGCGGUGAGUUCCGCGAACGUCGACCAUGCUGGACCCGUCCUCCAGCGAAGACACCGGCGGGGAGUCGGAGCCGGAAGUGGCCCCGGAGCCGCCCGGGAAAGCCGCCGACUUUUCCGCGGCCAAGCGGGGAGCCCAGAGCCGAGCGGACGGCCAGCAGAGGCAGCCCGCCGCGGCCGGAGCUUCCCCCGGCCAUGGUGCUCCGCCGGGCGGCGAGGAGGAAGAGAGGCGAGAGCGGGAAAGAAUGCAACGGGAGGAAGAGGAUCACAAAGUCAAACUGCAGAUUUACGUCUUCGUCCUCCGCUGCAUCGCGUACCCUUUCAACGCCAAGCAGCCCACCGACAUGGCCCGGCGGCAGCAGAAGGUGAACAAGCAGCAGCUUCAGGCGGUGAAGGAACGUUUCCUGGCCUUCCUCAACGGAGAAACUCAGAUUGUCGCCGACGAAGCUUUCUGCAACGCGGUGAGGAGCUACUAUGAGGGCUUCCUGAAGAGCGAGCGCGUCUCCAAGAUGGUCCAGGGCGGCUGCUCGGCCGGCGACUUCCGUGAGGUGUUCAAGAAGAAAAUCGAGCGCCGCGUGCGCAGCCUGCCGGAGAUCGACGGCCUGAGCAAGGAGACUGUGCUGACCUCGUGGAUCGGCAAGUACGACGCCAUCUACAGGGGCGACGAGGACAUGCGGCGCCAGCCCCAGCGGGCGCACAUGAGCGCCGUGUCGGAGCUUAUCCUCAGCAAAGAGCAGCUCUACGAGAUGUUCCAGCAGAUCCUCGGCGUCCGCAAGUUUGAGCACCAGCUGCUUUACAACGCAUGCCAGCUGGACAACGUGGACGAGCAGGCGGCUCAGAUCCGCAGAGAGCUGGACGGACGACUGCAGCUGGUGGAGAAGAUCGCCAGGGUGAGAAUCAACUGGUACUUCCGAGAAAGUUCUUUGUACUCCCUGCAAAAACGACGGCUGUUUGUCCUACAGGAGAGGAGAUACCCCAAGUUUGUGUCCGCCGACAUGGAUGUCCUCUACGUGGAGGAGCUGCGGUCCUCCAUCAACCUGCUGAUGGCCAACCUGGAGAGUCUUCCCGUGGCCAAAGGAGGACCCGACUUCAAGCAGAAGCUCAAGCGCUCGUCCAUGAACAACUACUCCUUGGAACUGGGCGACGAAGUGGACCUGCUGUCCAAGUCGGACGUGUUGCUGUCCUUCACGCUGGAGGUGGUGAUCGUGGAGGUCGAGGGUCUGAAGUCGGUGGCUCCCAACAGGAUCGUGUACUGCACCAUGGAGGUGGAUGGUGGGGAGAAGCUGCAGACGGACCAGGCUGAGGCCUCCAGACCACAGUGGGCGACUCAGGGCGACUUCUGCACGACUCAUCCUCUGCCCUCGGUCAAAGUCAAGCUCUUUAUGGAGAGCACGGGGGUCCUGGCUCUGGAGGACAAGGAGCUGGGCCGAGUGGUCCUGACCCCAACCACCAACGGCCCCAAGCAGGCCGAGUUCCACCGCAUGGUGGUCCCCAAGAACAGCCAGGACACGGAGCUGAAGAUCAAGCUGGCCGUGCGCAUGGACAAACCCCCCAACAUGAAGCACAGCGGGCAUUUGUACGCACUUGGACAUCGCGUGUGGAAGCGCUGGAAGAGAAGAUACUUUGUUUUGGUUCAGGUGAGCCAGUACACCUUCGCCAUGUGCAGCUACAGAGAGAAGAAGGCGGAGCCUCAGGAGCUGAUGCAGCUGGAGGGCUACACGGUGGACUACUGCGACCCCCUGCCGAGCCUGCAGGGCGGGCACGUCUUCUUCAACGCCGUCAGAGAGGGCGAAUCGGUGGUGUUCGCCUGCGACGACGAGCAGGAUCGACUGCUGUGGGUCCAGGCCAUGUACCGCGCCACGGGACAGUCCCACAAGCCCACGCCACCUCCCCUCAGCAAGACCGCCAAGGGUCGAGCAGGAAGCACGAAAGCAGCGUCACCCAUUAGUUUGGGUCCCUCGCAGCGUCAGAGCGUGGAGGAGCUGGUCGCCGCCUCGCCGUGUCGCUUCGACCACGCUCGCCUCUUCACCGUUCUACAGAAGCAUACUCUGCAGCACCGCAUGAACGACUCCUUCUCCUGCUUGGGCUGGUUCAGCCCAGGUCAGGUGUUCGUGCUGGACGAGUACUGCGCUCGUUACGGCGUGCGCGGCUGCCAUCGCCACCUGAGCUACCUGAGUGAGCUGAUGGCGUUGUCGGAGAACCACACACUGGUGGACCCCACCCUGCUGCACUACAGCUACGCCUUCUGCGCCUCCCACGUGCACGGCAACAGACCUGACGGCAUGGGCGCGGUGACGAUGGAGGAGAAGGAGACGUUUGAAGGCGCCAGAAGUCGACUGCUGCUUCUUCUGGAGAAGCAGAUUACACACUUUAGGUACUGCUUCCCCUUUGGAAGACCAGAUGGCGCCCUGAAGGCCACGCUGUCCCUGCAGGAGCGGGUCCUCAUGAAGGAUAUCACCACAGCAGUUCCUCCGGAGGAGAUGAAGAAGCUGGUGCACAAGUGUCUGGAGAAAGCUGCCGGGAUCAACUACAGCCAGCUGAUAGAAUACGCUCGCAUGACAGUGGACGUGGAAGUGGACCCGGAGAAGAGACUGGAGGACGUGAUGCGAUUGGGAGAAUUGGUCAUUGAAGUCCUGCAGCAGAACGACGAGCAUCACUCUGAGGCGUUCUCGUGGUGGCCCGAACUGAUGGCCGAGCACGCCGAGAGCUUCCUGUCUCUGUACCGGGCGGACGUGGACCCGGUCCUGCAGGUCCAGGCCCUGGACUCCUGGAACAGCAUCCCGCUCUUCCAGCUCCUCAACGGCUUCCUGAGGACCGAGCCACACCUGUGCAACGGGCCCUUCCACAAACACCUGCAGGAGCUGUUUGUCCCCCUGGUGGUGCGCUACAUCGACCUGAUGGAGUCGUCCAUCGCGCAGUCCGUCCAUCGAGGCUUCGAGCACGAGACCUGGCAGUCGGUCAACAACGGCUCGGCCACGUCGGACGACAUGUUCUGGAAGCUGAACGCUCUGCAGAUGUUCGUGGUGGACCUGCACUGGCCUGAGGAGCAGUUUGCACAACAUCUGGAGCAGCGGCUCAAGCUGAUGGCCAGCGACAUGAUGGAGGCCUGCGUUAGGAGAACAAAAUCUGCGUUUGACGCCAAAAUGCAGAAAGCCAACAAGUCGACGGACUUCCGAGUGCCGCUGUGUGUGUGCACCAUGCUGAAUGUGCUGAUGGACGCCAGGAGACACUGCUCCACACUCUGUGUGCUGGACACCGGACAGGAGCAGACAGACAAACAAUGGCAACAGUACCACUCCAAAAUCGAUGUCCUGAUCGACGAGGCGUUCAAAGACAUGAUUUCUUCUCUGGUCUCUAAGUUGUCGGCGGUCCUCGAUGGCGUUCUGUCCAAACUGUCCAGAUACGACCAAGGCACCUUCUUCUCCUCCGUCCUCUCCUUCACGGUGAAAGCCGCCGGCAAAUACGUGGAAGUGCCCAAAGCAGGAACGGACAUGGCAGACACCUACAUCGCAUUCAUACGACACAAUCAAGACAUCCUUCGUGAUUCCAUCAAGGAUGAACUCUACUUGGAAAAAAUCUUUGACCAAUGGUACAGCAGCAGCAUGAAGAUGGUGUGCGGGUGGUUGACGGACAGGUUGGACCUGCAGCUUCAUCUCUACCAGCUGAAGACCCUCAUCAAGAUGGUGAAGAAGACCUUCAGAGACUUCCGGCUGCAGGGCGUGUUGGACACCACCCUCAGCAACAAGAACUACGAGAGCGUCUACAGCCGCCUGGCGCUGGAGGAAGCAACUGUGGCCGUCAAGGCGGACCACGGCCUGCAGGGGAUCAGCAUGAGGGACAGUGAUGAAGAGGACUGAACGUCUUCAUCGUCACGUCUGUAGCCACACCCUCACCUUCAUCACACCUUCACCACAUCUUCACCAUCAUCACACCUUCACCUUCGUCACACCUGUACUUUCAUCACACCUUCACCAUCGUCACACCUUCACCUUCAUCACACCUUCACCAUAGUCACACCUUCAUCACUCCUUCACCAUCAUCACAUUAUCACCACACCUUCAUCACAACUUCACCAUCAUCACACCUUCACUAUAAUUAUAAUCACACUUUCACCUUCACCACACCUUCACCAUCAUCACACCUUCACCAUAAUCCAAUUUUCACUAUAAUCACACCUUCACCAUCAUCACACCUUCACAAUCAUCACACCUUCACUAUAAUCACACCUUCACCAUCAUCACACCUUCACCAUCAUCACACCUUCACCAUAAUCCAAUUUUCACUAUAAUCACACCUUCACCAUCAUCACACCUUCACAAUCAUCACACCUUCACUAUAAUCACACCUUCACCAUCAUCACACCUUCACUAUAAUCACACUUUCUCUUUCAUCACACCUUCACCUUCAUCACACCUUUACCAUCGUCACACUUUCACCAUCAUCACACCUUCACUAUAAUCACACUUUCACUUUCAUCACACCUUCACCUUCAUCACACCUUUACCAUCGUCACACUUUCACAAUCAUCACACCUUCACUAUAAUCACACCUUCACCAUCAUCACACCUUCACCAUCAUCACACCUUCACUAUAAUCACACCUUCACCAUCAUCACACCUUCACCAUCAUCACACCUUCACUAUAAUCACACCUUCACCAUCAUCACACCUUCACUAUAAUCACACUUUCACUUUCAUCACACCUUCACCUUCAUCACACCUUCACCAUCCUCACACCUUCAUCACAUCAUCACCAUCCUCACACCUUCACCUUCAUCACAUUAUCACCAUCAUCCCACCUUCACCCUCAUCACACCUUCACCAUCAUCACAUCUUCACCAUCCUCACACCUUCACCAUCCUCACACCUUCAUCACAUCAUCACCAUCCUCACACCUUCACCAUCAUCACAUCUUCACCAUCCUCGCACCUUCAUCACAUCAUCACCAUCAUCACACCUUCACCAUCAUCACACCUUCACCAUCCUCACACCUUCAUCACAUCAUCACCAUCAUCACACCUUCACCAUCAUCACACCUUCACCAUCCUCACACCUUCACCAUCCUCACACCUUCAUCACAUCAUCACCAUCAUCACACCUUCACCAUCAUCACAUCUUCACCAUCCUCGCACCUUCACCUUCAUCACAUCAUCACCAUCAUCACAUCAUCACCAUCAUCACACCUUCACCACCAUCACACCUUCACCAUCUUCACACCUUCACCAUCGUCACAGAUGUCAUCUUCAUGACCAAACUUCACAAACAAUGUUUCAAGAUAAUUACAAAACAGAAAGAUGGCAGUCACUACAAUAAAGGACAGGACAGUACAAGCUCCGCCCCCGUCGGACUCUGGAAUUCGCCAGAACAUUUUUCGACCUUCGACCUCUCGACGCUGGUCCCAAAAGUACUGCGGAACCCAAGAGUUCUUCUCCAAGAAAGUUCGACCGUGUUCUAGAAAGAUCCGCGGGUGGACACGUGCGGUCUUGGACCUUCGAGGUGGCUCCUUGGACCCCCCUUGACGUCACAGGAAGAGUUCUGGACGUUUUGGGACACGCCCCCUGUUUUUUGAAUGAUUGCGACACGCCCCCUGGUGGACGUCUGCAUAAGCACAUCAGACAUGAUGAAGAUGAUCAGUGUGGAAGUUCUACAAACUUCUUGUGGUCUCCUGGCAACAAGUCACGUGACCAGCUCAUCUUUCUCAACCUGGACCUGCAGCAAAGUCAAAGGAGCGUGACCUCCUGUCGUAUAGAAGAUCUUUGCGUGUGUUUUUUUCCCUCUGACUUUAGUAAAUUAUUUGUUAAUAUGUGAUUAAUUGUGAUUAUUUGUAAUUAUUUGUGUGCGGUAAAAUGAAAGUGCUCAAAGUCAACUUGUUUCCUUCCUAAUUGGACCACAAAGUGAAUUAUAAAGUUCUAGGUCCUUUUUUUUGUUUUGUUUUGUGUUCAGAUUGUCAAAGUCUAGUCCUGCAGAACUUUUAAAAAAUGUUUUUGUUUUUGAAAACGUUAAAAAUGUUCUCUUGUGUUCUGAUCCAACUGUAAAAAUGUUCAAAUGUGAGGGUCACGUGAUGUCAUUAAAAAAUGUGGAAAAAGUUA